AUGGCCUCCGCAGGCGGGGACAAUGAUGUGGACACAGAACAGACUCUCACGUGUUUGCUAAUGAAGCUGUACCAUCCUCACCAAGAUGACAGAAGAAUUUUUAGUGCCAUUGAAUUGUGCAAAAAACACGAGAUCAAAGCCGAGGAGGCGGUUUCCUUUGGACGGGACGUUAAUUGCUGUAGGUUCACCUUGCUACAUAACAGAGUCUCCCGCAUGCAGUUUGCUUUGCAGUUCUUCAAACCAUUCAAUAGUUCAGCAUUGUCUUUUGAGAUAAAAAACCUAAGCAAGAAAACCAAACUCUAUGUUGAUGGUUGGGAACUGAGUUACCUCAAUAAGGUCAACCUUCCUCCAAAGUGCAUGGUUCGUUUUGGGGAAUUUCAGAUUCUGAUGGAGACUGAAGCCGGAGAGUCAGAGGACAAAUUUGCAGUCUACUGUGAAUUAUCGCGUGUUUCUCUUGUACAAGAAACAGGCCAUCCGGUGAAGCAAUCCAUUCCUGAAAACGGCCAAUUAAAGGAGUCAAACUAUCAGCCUCUUAGUGUCCCACCAACUCCUCCCCCAGUGGAAGAUGAUGAAAACUAUGUAUAA